AAAUGUCGCGAUCGAACACGCAUGCCAUGUUUUGGAACAAUAAGGUGUUCUCAAAAUAAUAUAUGGAAAAAUGAAUGCAUUUCCGUAAACUUCCUUGUUUAUAGGUCUGUACAUUAAAUAAUCUAAAUAUAUCGCCGGAGGAAACGAAACCUAAAGCUGCACAUCGUCCGCGUAGGCUACGUGAGCCGCGGAGCCGAAACGUGAAAAAUGAAAACAGACAAAGGGGACAUUGACGAUAUUCUUAGUAUCUGGUGGCAAGGAGGCGGGGCUAGGAUGCUAGCUCAGAAGUGAUGCAAGUGCUGCGGGUACGGGACCGUGAUGAGAGCCGAAGCCAAGCAGGUUCAGCCCACCGAAUGCAAUACGAACGGAUCUUACUAGAAGGGCUCUGUUUCGUGAGAUUAUUCGGGCCCAAACACAGAAAGGAAUAGCCUACACCGUGUGCUUCGCGUCGGUGUGGUUGAGACUGUCGCGUAUAAACCGGAGGGUCGACGGCCGGGGACUUACUUCUGUAACCUGAUAUUAUGCCUAGUGCGGGACCGACGAUAUCAGGACACGCUUGGAACAAAGCAUUGGUUCUGAAAACAGUCGGCGACUGGGAAGCCAGCCAUGGUUGACCCAUCGGAAGCGGAAGAGCAGGGGAAAGGCAAAGGACCCGGGUUCGAGACGCCCAGCGCAGCCUCCGAAGCGCCGUGCAUGCCCGAGGAGAAUGGGAGCGGGGGGGUGGCGGCGGGGGCGGCGGGGGCCAUGGAGGAGGAGGGGGGCGCAGAGAGCAGCCUGGGCAUGGCUCCACCACCCCCCCAGCCGUCGCCGCCCCCGCCUUCCGUCCAAGGGCCUCCCCCGCCCCAACCCCCUCAGGGCCGGGAGCGGGAGCAGUCCCCCAAGCUGCACCUGGACCUGUACAACUUCGACUCGCCGGCGGCGGAGGGCAGCCGCUACGUGCUGACCAGCCCGCGCUCCCUGGAGGCGUGCGCCCGCUGCGGCGUGAAGCCCGUGGAGCUGCUGCCCCGCCCGCUGGCCGACUUCGCCCGCGAGGCGCCGGGCCGCUCCAUGCGCGUGGCGACGGGCCUCUUCGAGGUGCACGAGCGGGACCGCCACGCCAAGCUCAAGCAGUGCCGCGAGGAGCGCGAGAAAAUCGUCCGGGAGGAGAAGAGGCGGAUUCUGAGCCUGACCGCGGCCGGCGUCGGCGGCGGCGGCGGCGGCAGCACUUCCUCCAGCCCUCCGGAAGGUUCCCCGGGUUUGGCCAGCUCUGGCCAGGCCUCUAAAACGGGCCCAAGUGACCCCGGUCAACCUUCUAAAAGCAUCCCGAGAAGCUCAGGUCACCCUCCUACCAGCGUCCCCCUGAGCUCAGCUGCACCGCCUAAACCUGCCGUCAGCGAUUCUGGGAAACACGCCAAGCCGCUUCCCGCGGCGUCCGAGCUUCAGUCGAGAACCCUGCCCUCCGCUCAGUCCCCCGCAGCCGCCUCGAUGUCGAGAAGUCUGACCUCCAAACCCGUCGCGGGACAGGCCGCCACGCGGGUGUCCGGCAGCAGAUCCGCCAACACGUUCCCCAGAUCGACCCCAAAGCCGGCCUCCGCGUUCCCCAGGACCCCGACCGCCGCGGCGCCGACCGCGGUCUCCGGGACGACCGCGGCGUCCGUCAACGGCCUGUCGGCUGCCGCGUUCGCGCAGACCAACGGCCUCCCGUCCUGCCAGCCCCGGAAGCGGGGGAAGAGCCAUUCGCUGGAGUCCCUGCAGCGGCAGCGGGACACCGCCUGCUCCUCCACCACCACCACCACCACGACCACCACCACCGCCACCACCACACGCACCUCCUCGGAGUCCGGCGCCUCCUCCUCCUACAGCUGGGAGGGGCCGCGGGGCCGCGACCGCUGGGCCAAGGCCUCCAGCCCCCGGGCCCGCACCGUGGCGGCCUUCAACUCCCUGAUGGGCCGCAGCCUGAGCCUGGGCGACCUCAGCCACUCCCCGCAGACCACGCAGAAGGUGGAGCGCAUCGUCCGGGAGGUGAAGCGGCGGGGCCUGAAGUCGGUGUCGGAGCGCGACCGCAAGAUCGCGGCGCUGAUGCUGGCCAAGCACCAGGAGGAGGACAUCAUGAGCCAGACGCGCUACGUGGCGCACCUGCAGUGGGACAGCGAGCGGCGGCUGGAGGAGCUGCGGCGGGAGCGGGAGGACCGGGAGAAGCAGCGCGCCGUGCAGCACUGCCAGCGGGCGUGGCACUCGCAGGUGUCCAGCCGCCAGCGCCGCCUCACCCAGCAGGAGCGCGAGGCGGCCGCCGCCAAGCUGCGGCAGGCGGAGGAGAGCGAGGGGCGCUGGCGCGAGCUGGCGGAGCAGCAGGAGCGCAGCCGGCAGCAGCGGCUGCGGCAGGCCGCGCAGGAGGAGCGCCAGAAGAAGCAGCUGCAGGAGCAGAACCUGCGGGCGCUGGAGGAGGAGCGGGCGGCCGUGCAGGAGCAGGAGCAGCUCCUGCUGCGGGAGAAGCUCUCCAUCGCCGAGCUGAAGAAGCAGGAGCGCGAGCACCAGGUGCAGGAGGAGCGGCGGGGGCUGAACCGCGCGGAGAAGCGCCGGCACGCCGCCCUGCGGCGGGAGAUUGCCCGGCGGGAGGAGGAGGAGCGCGAGGCGGCCCGCCGGGCCAUGGAGGAGAAGCUCAGCCGCUCCUCCGAGAACUACGAGCAGAUCGUGGAGCGGCGGGAGCGGGAGCUGAGGGAGAAGGCCCGGCGCGAGGAGCAGCAGAUCCAGAAGGCCCGGCGGGCGGCCGAGCGGCGGGAGCGGCAGCAGCAGGAGCAGCAGGAGGCGCGGGCCAGGGAGGCGGAGCGGCGGGCGCAGCAGGCGGCGCAGGUGGCGGAGGAGCGGGCCAGGGAGAAGGCGCAGCGGGCGGUGCAGAGCCGGCAGGAGAAGGAGAAGCUGCAGCGGCUGAACCGGCAGCGGGUGGAGGAGGAGGAGCAGCAGCGGCGGCUGGAGCUGCUGCAGUCCAUCGAGCGCAAGCUGGAGAAGAGCGAGCAGAUCUUCCGGGAGAAGCGGGCGGUGCUGGAGAGCGCCCGCUCUGUGGCCCGCGCCUCCUUCCACGUGCGGGACCGCGUGCGCGAGGAGACCAACGUGCGCACCUUCGACAAGAUGGCCCUGGAGGCCCAGCUGAAGGCCAGCCUGGACGACAAGUAGAGAGCCCCUCUCCCCGACCCCCAUGAAAGCAGACUGCUCCCAGACUCCCCCUGCUGGGGACGUGCUGUUAUUGCGGCUCCCUCCACGUGGGCCACGCCCUUACGCUACGGCGGGUUUCCUUGUCUCCUGUAGGACUGCGUUUCAUAUCGAGACUCUUAUCGUUUCCCCAUGCGAUCACCCUCCAUCUUAAAUGAAGCUAGAUUGUUAUUCCAUUGACGGUAUCGGGGAGUGCCUGGCUUCAGCGUAGCUGCAUUCAUAAUGGAGCCAACUGGACCAUUUCAGGAGAACGAGAGGGAGGGGGAUGGGAUCUCCCGCUGCAGAGUGCUUUUGUGCGUGUGUGUGUGUGUGUGUGUGUGUGUUCGCUCACUCUGCGGGGCUUCUCUUCUGAUGGAUAGCUUGGAGUCGCUGAGUUUGGCGCACUGAAGAUUGAAUGGAAUUGAAGAGUUGACGAGGCAGAGCUGGCAUAAGCAGACGUGGAAGGACUUCAGUGGCACCGUUUCAGCCAGCACCGUGACCCCGGCCCAUCACACCAACCGACCAAUCGCAAGGUCCGCUUGUGACAGAAAAGCGGCUUUGUCAGCCAGGAAGCAGGGCUCCAUGACAACUGCACUAGCUUUUCUUUAAAUGUAAAAAAAAAAAAAAAAAAAAAAAAAAGAAAAAGGCUAACUGUUUAUUAGCCAAAGAACAAACGUGGGUCUAUCUGUACACAAGGGCCCCGAAGCUGCAGUUAGAGAGCAGGCUUUCCCUCGUACGCAUCUACGCCCACGCUGACAGUGCAGGCCGCGGACUGGCAUCAACCGAAAAACACCCACAGUGCAUCACCACCACCGCUAACGAACCUCCACUGCAGGGAGGGGAGAGGGGCGGGGGGGGGGGACUUCAGCAGGAACCGUCCGCUCCUUACAGAGGGGUUUGAGCCCGACGAUUGGAGAACCGGUCCCCAGCAGAGCCAGCUCUUCUCCCGGUGACCCCGCGUUCGGCCACGCUGCAAGGCCGGGCUCAGCAUGCCACAGUACUUGGAGCUGGAGACGGUUCUGCUUCUGGUUCCCUGUGCUCUGGAGUGCUCUGCAGCCAACGGAAUUCUGCUUCAGCAACAGUUCCACAGCAGCAGCAGCAGCAGCAGGUCGUAGCGUAGAUGAUCCAGAUGUGCAGUGACAUUGAUUCACCGUGAAAUAAAUAGGUUAAAUUAAUUCCUCCAGGGUCAACACUUCUUCAGUUUUUCUCUGAACAGGCAACGCUUUGCUGUGACAGUUACACAUGCAAAAAAAAAAUCACCAUUCUGUUCCGUUGUGUUCAGCAUCAUCAUCAUCAUCAUCAUCAUCGUUGGCCGUUGGUCAUUGCGUUCAUGCCCAGUUGGGGACUGAGCAGAAUACAGCCGGGGCAGUGAUUGGGCUGGUCUGAGCUGUAGAGUACGUUCUGUCAUUCGCAUUAUUCGAAUUAGAACAUUUUAAGAUGUCAAACUGCAUAAAUAAAUGUCACAAAAAAAAGGACGCAAAUAAAAUGUUUUUCAUCGUUUAGCUACA